AUGCCUCCUGGACGCGAAGGACUAAAACCAAUCGAUGCCGACAUCCCCGAGGCGGAACGGCGAAAUGCUCAGCGCGAGGGCCUCAAGAUGUUUGAGAGCGCUUACCAACGGCAGAUCAAGGAGAUCCGUUCAGCCCGCCACGGAAGACCUCGUCCAGGGAAUGACCGGUGCAUCGGAAGUCAUUGUCUACCUUACUCGCCUGAGGUUCGAGGGCGAUCAGACUGGAAACAAAAUGAGCACCCCCCCAAUUCUCCUUCGCAUGGUGUUCACUCGGAUAUCACGCACGCGUCUUGCCGGCCGGUUCUGAAGGAGAUCCUACCAGCCGACGAAAUGGCGCGGCUCAUGGGCUGUCGCUUUGUGGUGGUCAAUGUCUGGAGGCCAAUCAAGCCAGCCCGAAAAGAUCCUCUUGCAGUCUGUGAUUGGAGGUCUGUGGACCCAGCGUCGGACAUUUUUCCAGACCGGAGGGUCAUUGCCGAGCAGGUGUUCGAAUUCGGGGUAUCGGUCUUCAACGAGAAACAUGAAUGGUAUUAUUUGAGCAAUUAG